AUGGAAACUAGCAAGCAGAGCUUUGUUAAAGCUGCUGAGUCUCAGUGUUCAGUGCCUGCACAGAGAGAGGAAGAAAUGCAUGUUAAGGCCCCUCUCACAACCAUGUAUGUCCACACCAUUCCUGCUCCUGGCAUGCCGCCAUAUCCUCAGGCCCAAGCCGGAGCCUUGCAGGAUGCAACGAUUGUACCCCUGUUUUUGCCAGGGAUGUGUAGCAACCAGGCUCUGACAUUGCACAUAGCCAGCAAGGCUGUUUUGCAGCAACAAAAGCAAAGGGCUCCAGCAACCUCACCCAGACCUAAGUCUACCGGGAAACAUGUUUGCCCACACUGUGGCAAGGAUUGUCUGAAGCCCAGUGUGCUUGAGAAACAUCUGCGCUGCCACACAGGAGAGAGGCCAUAUCCAUGCACCACUUGUGGCAUCUCCUUCAAGACGCAGAGUAAUCUUUAUAAACACAAGCGCACCCAGGCUCAUGCCCGCCUUUCGAGCGAAUCUGACAAAGGCACCUUCAGCAGCCAGGAUAGCACAGAAUGUUCAAAAGACAACUGCACCACUCCAUCCUCUGAGAUGCAUGGGGAAGACUCAACUGAUGUAAAGAGAAGCGAUGAAGUUCUUCCAGUAGUUUCAGUUACAACACAAGGUCAAGCAGGCUCUUCAGAAGGUAGAGGGUCUGGCAGGGAAUGGGGAUUACACAAGGCUGCCAAGGUUGGAUUUAGCACAAAACCAGCACUACAGGAACAGGUAAAUGCUUUGAGCAAAACUAUAAGUAAUAAUUCUGCACCCAAACAGACAAGUGCACUGGGUGAGGAUGGAUGUGCACCACUGACUACAAAUCGUACACCCCUUCAGAGACAGGAAGCCCUAUUUUCCACACCAUGGGAGUCACCCAUGUCACGGGGAAAGUCUCAAAGCCAUGACAGUACAGACUCUGGCUUUAGCGACUGCAGUGAGCCUCAUUCAUCCAGCAGUCCUAGGGCAAGCCUGUAUGAUCCUAGUAUGGAAUCACUGGCAGAAACAACAAUGGAGCAGCAAGAACCUGGUUCCUUAGAGAUGACCCUUGAUGACUCCAAAAGCAAGGUGUCCAUUCAGGAGAAGCAGAAGCUGGAAGAACAUAUUUCAAAGCUCAUAUAUGAGAAUAGUGUGUUGGUAGAGGAUAAACAGCUGGAGAAUGUGCGACCAAGAAAGACAGUAUUGUCAAAACAAGGAAGCAUUGAUCUUCCAGUACCAUACACUUAUAAAGACUCCUUCCAUUUUGAGAUAAGGAGCAGCAAGCACAUCUCAAGCUCACAAAAACAGGAUAGAGGAGGUGGGGCUAUUUACAGCUCCGUGCCUACACAACACUCCACUUGCCUGGAGCAUGUGCCAUUAACACGGAGCAGUUCUUUGCCCUUCACUGUGGGUGACAAACCACCUGAUGGAGCAAUUAAUACAAAUCUUAGCAGAAGGUGCAGUGCAGGGCAUAUUUACCCAGUUCAAUCAUCAGACCAACAAACACCAAGUCAUCGCUCACUAGUUAGGCAGGUAGCAGUAGAUUGCCUGCCUUUUGCAGAGAGAUCACCAGUUGAAAGAGGUAGUAUCAGCAGCCUUAACUCAGAUGGAGAUAGCACUGACAUUGGAACAGAGCCAAGUAUAAAAGGAAACUACAGGAAAAAAGCCAGGAAAUUUGACUACACAAAAUGGCACACUUACAAAGGUGGGACAUUUAGGAAACUCUACAACACUGAGAAAGACUGUCCUCUGAAGACCAGAAAGACUGCACCUAGCACUGAGCAAACAGAAAGCCUAGAUAUUCAAAUUAGCCAACAGCGAGACAGUGGAUCUCAAAUUUUAACUUUACAAAAUGAACUUAAAGGGUCAUUUGCCAGCUUUGAGAAUAGUAAUGUAAGAGAGGCAAAGCUGGACAAAGAGGAAUUUGUAACACAACACAAUGACUGUCAUAUCCCAUCAGAGAGGAAGAAGCAACGCACUGGGAAUGAUGUGCAUAUGCUCAUUAAUUCAGAUCUUCGAAUGGGAAAGGCAAAUGAAAAUCUGUGUGGUUUAAUGAGUCAACCACUGCUAUCAAUAUGUGAAGCACACAGUUCCAUCAGAGUUCCAGAGCAAAAGGUCAACAUGCAAACUCUCAACCCAGAGGCCAGCUUCAUACAUCAGUUCUCAAAUCCUCAAAAAAGUAAAUUCCUUUGUAAAACUCGCAGCCCUGCUUUUUGUUUGAACAAUAUGAGUGGGAUUUCUGGCACCCCUUCAGUUUCUACCAGCAGCUCUACAGUUCCUGAAGUCAAGACCAGCUUUCCUCCCAAGUACCAGCUGAAGAUUCCAUGUUCCACAGAUGGAGUGUCAGCUUCAUGUUCUGGCUCUACUUUAGUACAUAACACUCCUUCAACCAUUCCAGGUCUCAUGCAAAGCCAUCAAAAUGCAGUAAAAUGCCAUCCUGAGGCACGUUUACCAUGCUUAAAAGAGUGUCAAGGUGCUUCAACAGACAAAACCUUUGACCAGAGUGAACAAGAUGCGUUAUGUGCAACAACCUCAUUGACUGUGUUAUCGAUUUCCUGUUCUGAGCAGAAUCAAACAGACACAUUAUCCAAAGUACUGACACCAUUUCAGGCUAACACUCCUACAUCAGUUUCACUUGUUUCACCUAUGCUGCCCCCAUCAGUGCAGCAUCAAGUUGCUUUAUGGCAGAGUAAAUGUACAACAGCUGUGGGAGAAAUCCAGUCAACAGGUCCUGUAUCAUCAGCGUUGUAUAAUCCGCUAAAAGCUUUCACAGCAUCAGAGAACACCCAAUCUGUCAUGUUGAACACAGUGCCAACACUGAGUCACUGUUCUGAAUCUGCUCAAACCACACAAAUUUACUCUUCAGCAACAAUAUCACCUACCAUUCAAAACCAUACUGCCUUGUCUGUGUCUACAUCCGAAAAACCUCUUGGGCACACAACAGACUCAAAAUCCACACUAUAUGAGAAUACUCUGAGUAGCACUGCCUCUAAAAUGUCCACUUGUGAAGGGUCCCAGUGUGAAGAAAAGGUAAUACUACUAAAUGGCACAGCAGAGUCACAGGCUCCUAACACGUUUUAUGUACGAACAGCAGACCUCCAGAUUUUCAUGCAACUAAUUUCUGAUGAACAGUUAGCACUGAUAGAGCCUCAUAUCGAAAUGCCAGACUUCAAAGCAAUAGAAAGCUAUUCUGUGAGCAACAGAGUUCCUGUAACUUCAAACACAAACCAGACAUCUCUUUCACGGGAAGAAUAUAAUGAUGAUGUGACCAAUGUGUUUGUGGCGCAAGAAAUGGUAAAUAAUGGUGAAAUUGGCAAAACAACAGAACAAAUAGUUUCUAAGUCAUGUGGAUCUUCUAAUUCAGACAGCAGAAAAGAGAGGGUCUGUGGUUUAAACCUUCAAAAUAAUAAUACUAUUGCAAAAUCCAGUCCUCAAUGUGUGUCAUCCUGGUCACACCCACAGACAAAGUUUCAUAUCUCUACGAUGGAUUACAGUCAAAAUCCAGCAGGACAAUUAUAUGAAUCACACAAGAUAUCUGAGAAUGUCCAGGAAAGAAAAUCUGCCAGGUUUGAUGUUGCCACAGAGUCACAUCACAAACAUGGGUCUGGUGACAAACUGAGUGAACCUCAUUUAGGGGACGAGAGCUAUUUAAAAAGAGAGAAUGACAAAGACCCCCAAAACUGUUCUGAGCUUAACCUAAAUCCCAUCAACUCCUCUGACCCCACACCUAAGGUUACAUUUAGACAGGAUAAAACAUCCCCAGUGGUCAAAGAUGAACAUAUUACAGCCAAAAAAACAACUGUUUUAAAAGAUACAUUUUGUCUAAUGGAGUCAAAUUACACUCAAACUAUAAACAAUACUGAGCCAGAGGAACCACACCAAACAGGGCACCUUAUGCCAAUCACAUUAUCAAGAGAUUGUGAAAGGGUUCAAACAAAGAUAUCUACACAGCUCGGAUCUUGUAUAUCUGAGAAUAAGAUCCCAUUAACCUCUCCCACAGAAUCACAACAGAUGCAAAAGGUGCUGAUCUCUACAAAACAACCCAGUCAUAACAAGCCAUGCUGGGCUGCAUGUGCCACAAAUUCAGCUAUGAGAGAAAUGAGAGCAUGUGGCACAGGUAAGCUCAGCUGCAAGCAUGGUGUCCUGAAGAAUGAAACAUCUUGUCCAGAGCAAACACCUACACAGGAUCAGUUCCAACAAUCAUUUGGUCUAGGUCCAACAGGAGACUUUGGGAGUAACAGUAGUAAAGUGAAAGCAUACUGUCCGAUGCUGAACAGGACAUCUCACGUUGAAGACAACAGCAAAUGCAGAGAUUUCCAGAGAGAUGUCGCUCUCCAUACACAACAUGCCAAUCUGGAUAAAUUUACAGGGCCUGUGGAGGAUGGGGCCUUUCAGAGGGACCCUGGGACACAGAGCAUGGAGUCAGUCCCCAAGGAACCUGAGAGUGGAUGUGGAGAGUGGGAGAGGCGGGCCACAGAGGUGGCUGACACCAACAACACAAGCCAAGGCUGCAAGAACAAUGGCAAACAGGACAAAGGAAAGGAUGAGAAACCCUGUGAGGAACAUCAAACAGCUGAAGCACAAGCUCACCCUCAUGUCUCCCAGGAUGUGAUUAAUGUGUCCCUCCACAUUGUAGACCAAACUCAGCAUGACAAAUUCAGCAUUUCAAACUAUCCAGCACCUUCGAUCUGCACGAACAUCCAUUCACAUACCUGUCAACCUCAAGGUCAUAGGGAACGUGACAACUACAUCAGAAGAGAUAGCAAGAAUGAAGGAUUUGGGAAACAUACUCAAGAGACUAGCCAAAUGCAGUCAAAAUCUCUUGGACAUGACAAAAGGCUUGUUUCAUUAUCAUCAGGGCAAAGUGUGUCAGGAUAUGCCAAUCAAACGAGCAGACAUCUUUUGGUACAUCCACUCUCGGUUAAUGCCAUGCAAAUGGAGGUCCAAAAGGAGACACAGACAAGGAGCGCUAAGACCCACUGGACUUAUUCAAAAGCCACACAAGCCCAGGUGCUCUCACAACAACACAAAACAAUAUCACAACAAACCGUAUCAGCCAGUGUUUCACAAAACCACUGCUGUGCUUCAAGGACUGAGCUGGUCAACACAAGUAUUAUGUCAUCAUCCAGUGUUUUAUACAAAUCUCAUUCCAAUGCCCCACAGCAAACUUUUAGUCAAGUCCCACACACCAAUCAAAUAUGUUCUCCGGCCACACAUAGCAACUCAACAGAGUCUAAACUAUGCUAUUCAGGUAAUAAUAGUUACCUGGAACACGAGGACAGUAACAGCAGCAGUGAUGAUGAGCAAAAGCUAGUCAUUGAACUUGAGUAAGGCAAAAACACAAACAAACAAAGGUUUUUUAUGGAGGGAACUUUCCACUGACUUAAAUGCUGACAAAUUAAGCUAAUUAUAUUUACCACACCCUAAUUCUAAAUCUACCCCUUACAGAGAGCUACAUUUUUAGAUUUUAAAUUAUGUAGUCUCACUUCACGAAGCUGUUUCUACCAUGAGGAACUUCCAAAGUUCCCACAAUGUUCAUUACCAGUCAAAAGUUUAUACAUUCAUUCUUUAUUAAUAGUAUUAAAGGUUUGCAGACAAUUCAGAAUAAUUGGAAUUGUAAAAGAAUUGGAAUUGUAAAUGUAUUUACCAAAAAAAAUUCAACUAAUUAGAAAUAUAUUAUAUUUCAGCAUCUUCAAAGUAGUCAGCCUUUAUUUACAGGUCUUCAGACUUUGGGCAUUCUCUGAACUAACUUCGUAAGGGUUAUCAUGUUUGAUGGCCACUUGUAAACUGACUUUUCUUGAGAAUAAAAAGUUUAGCUUUGUAGUGAAAUUAAGAAUCUGGCACAAUUUAUGUUUGUCUGCAAAAAUAUAUUUCAAGGAUAUAAGCAUAAGUCUUUAGAACAAAAGUUUAUUUUUAAUCAUUAGAAAUUCAGUCAAAUGUGUCCAAACUUUUGACUGGUAGUGUAGGAUUUGUCAGGAUAUUUGGUCCUCACAAAGAUGGUGACACAACCUUACUUCCAGAUCUGCAGACAACCUUUUUAGACAAUUGUUUAGUGGCCACAUCUGCACCCAAGUCUAUGUAGACACAAAAAGCCCAAUACAGGACCUGCAUCAUCAUGCUACCACCCAUCAAAAUGUGCAGUGAAUUUUUUCACACCCCCAGGAGUUUGACCUCUUGCUUUGGCAGGGCACCUGGAGAAAGCAUGCAAUGCAUGCACACUUUCUCUUCUAGAGUGUGAUCUCUUAAUAUGAUCCACCAGGCUGACUCAGUGCAAGUACAAAGUCAUGCCCAAACAUACAUUUUCACUGAGAAUGUCAUCAGGGAUCAGUCAUCAGGCCAUCAGUACAUGCAGCGAAGGCAAUGAGUCAGCAGCCAGUUAGAGGCCUCUGACACUGAAACUAAAAACAUCACAUAUAUUAACGUUCCUGCAGUAUCAUCACUUUUCUUUGCUGAAUAUUAUUGCUUACACAAAGACAUUUGAUGGAUAACAACUAUAUAAUGAUCUUUGGAAUACUAUACAUUUAUAUGUGUUUUAAUUGAUAUACUGUUAAAAAUCAACAAUACUUUUUUUUAUUUGUUUUACAUUCUGAUAUAUAUAUAUUUGCAUUUCCUCAUUGCUGUCCAUCUGGGGGUGUAACACAAGCACACAUUUUAAGCAAAACAUUUCACAAAUAGAAAUUUGUUAGGUAUUUGGACACUUUCUGGUUGUCAAACAUUAGUUGAGCAUGUCCAUGGUUAAUGGUAAACUACGCCUGUGGUGACUCUUCUAAGACACCUGUGUGAACUUGUGGGGAACUGACCUCAUACAGUACAUUUACUUAAAAUUACCUUGACAUCAGUUGCUUAAAAGUAAUUGUAAAUGUGGCUCAGAAAUGUUAAGUUAGUUUUCAGUAAAGCUCUAGCGUCAUUUGUUUGCAGAUGCCACUUGCUUGAUUAUUUUGUAUCUAAUGUAAUAACAUUCAUAUUUUUUUCAUGAAUGUUUAUUUUUUGUUUAUAUAUAUUUAUAUAUAUAUAAAGUCUUCAGUGUCCAAAUGCUUUUUGUGGCCAAUGUAUCCACACAGUGCGAUUUAUGAUAAGUUGUUCAAGUGAAUUUCAAAUCACCUGAACAAAUCUUAUUUAUGUCAAAGUUCUAUUAAAGCUAUAUGGCAUUAUACAGUAUUAUUAAGUUUGUUUUAACCAAUUCAACAUCUGCCAUGUUUUGACAAAACAGAUGCCUUGCAGGGGCAAGUAAACCUCCAAAAAGAAGUGCACAGAAUGAUCACAUGGGAAAAUCGGUGACAUUUAAAUGUUUUGACAUUUAAAAUUGUUCUGUGCUUUUCAAAUUGCCAGUGAGGCUGAAGCUGGAACUACGCUUUCUUUGUCUUUGAUUGGAUGUGACUUUAACGGCAAAGUGCAUCAGAUUUUCGGAACAUUUGAAUAUUCAUUACAUUGAUAUAAUUUGAUGUGUAAAGUUGUCGAAAGCUUUUUGAGGUGGGACUAAUGUUCUAGGUGGAACAACCUCUAGUUAUUCAUCACCAACGUAAUUCCUGUGCUCUGAACCUUUUACUUAUGUUGGAAAUACCUUAUUGUACAUGUGAUUUGUACUGGAAAACAAAGAGGGAGGAGUCAAUUAUUAUCAUUAUUAUUUGGUAAUUGUCAUUAUGCCACAAAUUCUGUCAAGCUUUACUUGUUUUGAGCCUGGAACAUUCCUUUAGACCUGGAAAUAAGCAGACAGUUCUAGACUUUAAUAAUAAAUAAAUACAUUUUUUGGCUUUAAAUGAUUAAUGCAUAUACUUCUUUGUAAGACUGAUCAGAUUUUCUUGCUUACAUUGAAGCACACAACAUGCUCAUUGGAACAUUCUCAAAUCAUGCUGAGAUAAAAAGGAUCAUCAGUUUUGCAAAAUGUUUACAAUGUUGACCCAUCCACUAAUCUGAAACCUACACCUAAACUUAGCCUAACCCUAUCUGUGCCUUGAAUUUGGUAGCAGCAAAUUUCAAUCAAAUUAGUUUCGUAAAACAAUGUGUAUGUAUGGGUAGAUAUUCACAUAAAUAAUUACAUGCAUGUACCAUAAAUGUAAGUACAAUAUAACAACAUGUAUG